ACGUAGGGCAAAAGGAAGCAGACAGAUGUUGUGAGUGUGACGUAAGGCAACUGAGUUUACGUGAAACCAAUGUCGGUAAGAGAGAAUUCAAAAAAAAAAGACAAAUCUUCACGUCUCUCUCUACAUCUCCAACUCUCACAUAUAUGUCUUCUUCCACUAACCACUUCCCUUAUAAAUAAUCCUCUGACUUCACUCCUCAUCUUUAAUUUAGAUCAACACCAAUCACAACAACCAACACUUUUAUAAUGAAGAGACAGAGAAAAGAUAUGGAGGAAGAAGAAGGCAAUGAUAAUAAUCACUCAUUGGCUGCGGCUGCAAUGGAGGUUGCGGUUGCUGCAGCGGCGGCUGCAGCCACGGAGGAGGAGGAGCAAUGUUGGGGCGGUGGAGUUGUGGAGGAGAUGUCGUGGAGCUCUGUGUGGUUGCCUUUUUGGGACGUUGAGUUCGUUGGAAGAAACUAUGGUGUCUUGUUCAAUGAUGUUGUUUGGGACGAUGAUAUUUGGAACAUCCACAACUUGGCUCAUUCCUCACAGUCAUAGUCCUUACUCCUUACCUUUUCUUUUUUUCCCUUUUAAGAACAAUAAUCGGAUUUAUAGUUCUCUCUAUAUUAACUUACUUUAAUUACUCUAUAUAAUGGGUUAAUUUAUGAGUUGGUCCAUUUUUAAAACUAUGUUCAUAUCUUAAUAAUACUUUUAGUUGCAUAAAUUCAUAUACGCCGUGCGUUAGCUUGUCUGAAGUUGGAUUCUUUAACCAGAUUCCAAAAUAUUAUGCCCACGUUAAGUUAUUCGAUAUAUCCGGGUCGAAGUCAACUGAAUAUUGCUUCGGUUUUGGUUUAUUACUUUUGUAAUCCAAUUCUAAUAUGAGCAACGAAAGUUUUGGUU